UUCUAGGAAGUGAACGCAGUCGAGCACACAGCCUGUAAACACGUGAGAUAAUAACUCAAAACAGACCGCUGACAUACGAAAGAUGGAUAUCAUAGAAGUUCCCACGGAUCAGGACAGCAAGAGCAAGAAGAAGAAGAAGUCAAUGAAAGCAAAGACGAAGGUUAAAAACAUAGAAGUGAAGGAAGAGAGCAGCGCCGCGGAGAACCAGGCCGAUCCGACAACAGCGUUUCCCCCCACAUUCAAUGUCUCCGAGAUCAAGAACAAACAGCGGAGACACCUCAUGUUCAUGAAGUUCAAGCAGGAGAAGAGGAAGCAAAAACUUCAACUGAAGAAAAAAAGGAGAAAAGAAAGGGAAGCAUUAGGUGACAAGGCGCCACCAAAGGAAGUCCCCAAAACCAUAGAAAACCAGAGAGUGUUCGAUGAGACAGCGGUUGAUCCAGAAGACGAAGAGGUUGCUUUUGAUGAGGGAACUGAUGAAUUUUCAGCAUAUUUCAACGGGUUGACAAAUCCCAAAGUGCUCAUCACUACAUCAGACAGACCCAGAGGGAGAACAGUGAGGUUUUGUGAGCAGCUGGCCAGUGUCAUCCCAAACGCCCAUGUUUACUACAGAAGAGGCCUCGCCCUAAAGAGGAUCAUUCCCCAGUGUGUUGCCAGGGACUUCACAUACAUGAUGGUCAUCAACCAGGAUCGCCUGGUGCCCAACGGUUUGGUUCUCUGUCACCUUCCUGAGGGGCCAACUGCACACUUCAAAGUCAGCAGUGUUCGACUAAGAAAAGAGAUAAAGAGACGAGGUAAAGAGCCAACCGAACACUAUCCAGAGGUGAUUCUCAACAACUUCACCACCCGCCUCGGACACAGCAUUGGUCGUCUGUUCGCCGCUCUGUUCCCGCAGAACCCUCAGUUUGUGGGUCGACAGGUCGCCACCUUUCACAAUCAGAGAGACUUCAUCUUUUUCAGAUUCCACAGGUAUAUUUUCAAGAACGAGAAGAAAGUUGGUAUUCAGGAGCUGGGACCUCGCUUCACUCUGAAACUCCGAUCUCUGCAGAAGGGCACGUUCGACUCCAAGUAUGGAGAGUACGAAUGGGUGCUGAAGCGCCACGAGAUGGAUGCCUGCAGACGGAAGUUCCAGCUUUGAGUUGGACGUUUAUUGGUCAGGAAAGAUCCCGACCUAAUGCCCUGCAAAUAUUUAUGGACUUACACAAAUUUGCUUCAGAGUCUCUGAUUCUUUGAAAGAAACCUGCGUUAGCUGUACAAAGAUCUAGAUGCAGCUUUUAGUGAUGAGGUGAUACUAUGUUGUCUAGUAACAGUUCAUGUAUACACAGUUAUAUUCUUUUAUGACUUUAGUUAUUACCUGAAGAUGAGUUUCAGACUGCAGAGUUGAGCUAAAGUGAGAGAAAGUACAAGAGAUGUUCAUUUCUUCAGACUUGCCUCUGAGUGAUAAAGUCAACACAAAAUGUUCAUCUUUCUUUUUUAACCUUCAUGUUUGUCUGUAAUAGUGACACAUUCUCAAAUUUAACCAUGUAAAAAGUACAAGUUCUAUUUUAUUGGAAGAGGGUUUGUGUUAUCCUUAGAAACAGGCAUUUCAACACAAAAUAAACUUUUAAUUUAGAGACAUUCAGUCUGUGCUGAAGGUCUGUAAAUGAAAAGAAUCAGUUACGGUGCUCUGACUCAGAGCACAGGAAAGCUGGGUGUUGGUCCAUGGGCUAAAUAAGGCUCAACAUUUUCAAUAUACUUAUCCUCCACCAAACUGAGGAAACUCA